CUUGUCGAUGUUUACAGAGUGACUUUACCAUUAUCAAAAUAUUUCAUAAUUUCGACCGUAUAUCACAGAAUUGUUAAGUUCUGCAGGAAUCUAGGGAAAAGAUUCCGAAAUGUAUGCACGCGAUCCUCGAAUAGUGGUAACCAGGUUGGAUCAGAUUAUCGUUUAUCUAUACGAUUAUUCGUUAUAAAUUUUAUAAACUUAAGCGGUUAAUAAAUGCAAAAAAAGAGAAACAAAUUUACACUCUAAAUUUACGCGUGAAUUUAGACACGUGAAAUGAAGAAAGUCCUUAUAAUAGCGAGGAGUCCAGCUUUUAGUAUUGACGAUGAAUUAAAAAUGGGCUCAACGACCACCGUGAUUCUUCGUGAAUGUGCAAUAAUGAGAUCUGCAGUUUCCACUCCGACUAUAUCGUGUAGAAAUCGAAAGCUCCAAAAAGCAAUGCGUCGAUAAAGAAAAAGAUUCGGACAAUUUAAGAGAAGUUUAAUUGAAACUUGCAAGUCGAUGAAAGACUAACAAUAGAAUUUGAAGAAAUACCUUAAAAUUCAGAAUGGAAAAGAAAGACAAAGGUCCAACAUCUUUUGAUGGAUCUACUUAUAUCUUGACUUUUGAAUCAUUUGAAGUGUCCCUGAAGAGGAAAAAAGAUACAUCAAUAGUUGACAAGCAACGAUUAGGAUUUUGCAAGUCUACAGAGAAAAUAAAGUCAUCUUCCUUUAAAGGCAAAUGUUCAAAAUCAUGUACGAAGCAUAGAAAAACCAGCUUAAAUAGACCUCAAACAUCAGACAAACCGCAAACGUUGCAUGAAUCAUCUUAUCGUCAAAAGAAGUCCGAGACAAAGCCCACAGGGGAAAUGCCAUUGUUCGCACAACUAAAAACGAAAAUGAAAGAAACGUCGAGAAGGUUUCAGAGCACCUUGCCAUUUUUUAAAAAGACAACGAGGCGUACUAUGGCGGGAGUGAGGUCCUUGUAUGUCGGCUCCAGGGCAAAGCGAGCAUUGGGAUUCAAGUGUAACCUGAAAAAAUGCAACAGUACGUUAAUGGAAUGCAGCGCGGGGGCUUGCAGAAAAAAGAGCAUGAUUUUUAGUGAACCUAAUCAACCAUGCAGUUCGAAAAUGGCCAAUUCUAGCGUCAGUGACACUUCGACAGUAUCGAGCACAAGUGAAAAUAGUUCCAAUGAAGAUUCCAUUAUCAUGGAUGAAGAGGAGCAGGCGGAGAAGGAGGGUUCACGCAACUGAGUUCGCUUUAUGCAUUCGGCACCCGAAUCCUCGUUUAGAUUCUACCGCUUCUGGGAUCCCAGACACGAUGAAGAAUC